CCUUUGCGUAUCACUUCCUCAUCGUCCCACAUUUUUUUUUUACUUUUCUUUCUUUCUUUUAAUCUUUAUUUCUCAAUCAAAUACCCAUGUCUUCUACUGAAUACGGUGCCGUAAACACACAACAGCAGGGUGAUGAAGAAGCCCCGCAAACGACUACCGUCAGAGGCGAGCAAACCCGAUGGCAAAAAUGCCGAAGCACGUUGGGCACACACGGCCAUCGUAUCUUUAUUGCAUGGUUUAUUGUCAUUGCCAUCACCGCCGUCUUGACCCUAUCGUUCCAUUUCUCCUUGCUGCCAUCCCAUCACCCCGUGGACGACAAUAACAAUCCUGCCGCUUUAGUAGAUGAACAGUGUGUGUCCGACCGCAGCUGGUUCCUGGCCCUGCUUCUCUCCGUCUUUUUCGGACCGUUCGGUGUGGAUCGAUUCUAUCUUGGAUACAUUCUUCUCGGUGUGCUCAAGCUGAUCACUGCGGGUCUUGGCGGAAUUUGGUGGGUUAUCGACGUGGUCCUUAUUGCUUUGAAUGUCUUGAAUGAUCAUCCCAACGGCUGUCACCUUCGUUAAGAGCAUCCUCUUUUUUGUUUUUGUUAAACCUACUCGCUCGAGAAAUAAAAGAAAAAUGACAGUGUCAUGUCUACCAAGAUG